AUGACCGCAGUCCAAACCAGCCUGAACGUCACACCGACGUUCCUCGACCCCCGCACAGACUUCAUCGAACAGAUCUUCGCACAGCUGGAAGAGGAUAACGAGCGACGCGCGCAACAGAGCCUCGAGCCCGCCGACCUGCCGCAGGAGGUGUACGGCCGCGUCGCCUCCCCCGCACCGCCAGCUGCACCUACCAUGGUCUCCAUCGCGACCGACCACUUGACGCCGACCGCGCAGACCCCGAGCGCACUGCCCGAGCCCACAAACCCCGUGUUCAUCAACGCAGGCAAUAUCCGCGCGUUCUACCAGGCACAAAAGUACGCUGGCAGCGCAGACUCAUUCGCGUCGUCCGACAACGGCCAGGACGAUGUGCGCGACGAGGAGCAGGUCACGCAGAUGGAAACGAUCGCCGGCCGGGUCAGCCUCGCGAAGGCGAUGGGAGUCCUCAUCGCGCGCCGGCUGUCGCCCUCUCGCACGCGCUCGCGCGACAUCCUCGCGACCCCCAGCCGGCUGCUGAUCGGGGUGUCGGUCGAGGAGGUGACGACGGAGGCGGUGCACGGGGAGGAGCACUCACUGGACGCCCCGCACACGCCGAACGGGACGGCGUUCGUGUAUGCGGCGCAGGCGGACGGGUCGCGGUCAAGGCGCUCGACGGGGAGCGUGCCGAAGACGGCGGCGCCGGUUGAGAGCGCGGGACCUGCGCCGGGCCAGGAGCAGAGAUCAUCGGUGGCGGGGUGGAUGGCGAAGGCGAAGGACCUCACGAAGAAGUUCCGGCGGAACAGCAUGGUCGUUCUACCCCAGAACUCAUCUCCAUAG